AUGGCGUCCGCACCAAAGCAGAGCGCAGAAAUCAGCAUCUUGACUCUGGACUAUGCAGCGCUCUUACAAAGCCUGUGCGCAAUCAACCGGCCAAAUGUUAACGAUGUCACUGCGAUCUUCAGAGAAUUCCGGCGUUCAUUGGAUGUCAGGAAGCCGAAGUCUUCCUCCAAGCCUUCCACAUCACCGUCCCCUUCCUCCGGAGCUUCGAAAAAACGGGGUGUCAAAUCUGCUGCCUCCACGAGCGCAGAGAGCGAUGGUGCUGAUUUCGACGGUUGUGGAAGUGGUGACAGCCAUGAGGGGUUCGAACGUUUUUGCACGUGGGAGCCCGAGGUUAAGCCCUGCUGGAUCACGUCAGACUUGGACCUGUGGAACCGCAUCCUUGCCCGCAACUGCAUCGAAUUGCGAGAGCAUAAGUGGGGCGAGUUCUCGCUCAAGGGCUACCAGUGGCCCGAACAGAAACCAGCAUUGCGGGACAUGCUUCGUGCUUCAUUGCUCAUCCAUAUUUUGCUUCGACAACACAGGUGCGUGACACACAUUUUCUUGGAUAUGUCGGUAACGACCAUCGAGAGGUACAUCCUGUGGCACGCAAUCAAGACAGGUGCAGGGGGUGUCACGCGAUUUGACUGCCGGCCCAGCUUCACCGAUAUCGGCAGCCUGAACCUCACUGGCUGCAGCGGCUCGCGAGGCCUGGUCAAGGGUUACAAGAUGGCGCUUCCAUUUCAAGUUCCGCGAGCCGCAACCUCCACAACCCAUUCAUGGGAGUGCUCAACAGAGGUGAGAAGGCGCCUCUGGACGCGGUGUGAUGCGGCAAAGCCGGAAAGUUUUGGUUUCUCGACCAAUCUGCGGCCUGGCGACGAGGCCGUCGCGACAUGCCUCCUGAGAAAGACAUCGCCGGCUCAGACGGCGGAGCUAGCCUGGCUCAGAGACGGCCGCCCGGUGACCACGUCCGCCGACCGGCGAGUCGUCGUCAUCAAGGCGUCGCAGAACAGCCUCACUCUGGCCAUCAAUGACGUGCUUGUGGAAGACGUCGGCAACUACAGCUGUGUCGCCGACAGCGCGGCCGGCCGCUUCGAGACCACGGUCCCUCUUCUCCUUCACGUGUGCGAAAACAACAUGGCGCCGUAA